UUAUCAAUCCUGUGUGUCAGUAGUGAGUCAGUUGCGUUCCGUUGGUGAAAGUCGAUCAGCUAUUUCGCAGCCAGACGUACAAGCGUGUACAUAGUGACAUGUCGCUCCGAAAUGAGAAAUGUACCGUAGACAUAGGAGAUAUGCGGUUAAAAUAUAAAGAUAAAAGCGAAACUUUCACAGAGGAUAAUUUAAUUAGUAAAGAACCUAUUGAGCAAUUCAAAGCAUGGUUCGAGGAGGCGUGCAAUACUCCGCAAAUUUUGGAGCCUAAUGCGAUGCUUCUCGCAACAGCGACAAGGGACGGUGUACCAUCUCUACGCGCAGUGCUGUUAAAAGGCUUUGGCACGGAAGGCUUCAAAUUUUAUACGAAUUACGACAGCAGAAAGGGCCGUGAACUAGCCGAAAAUCCGCAUGUCGCGCUGACCUUCUAUUGGGAACCUCUUAGACGAAGUAUACGUAUCGAAGGUAUUGCGAAGAAAACGUCAAUAGAAGAUUCGGAUCGUUAUUUUCAGAGCAGACCAUAUGCAAAUCAAAUCGGAUCAUCGGCCAGCAAACAAAGCAGCGUAAUAGCUAGCAGACAGACUCUCAUUGUAAAAGAAAGAGAGCUGCUCGCAAAAUUUCCAGAAGGUCAAAUUAAAAGGCCUGAUUGCUGGGGCGGCUAUCUUGUCGUACCGCAUUCUGUAGAAUUCUGGCAAGGUCAGAGCGAUCGUCUACACGACAGGAUUCGCUUCAGAUAUCCAAAAGCAAAUGAAAAAAUAGACAAUAUACUCGUGCAUAAAGGAGAAAAUGGAUGGGUUUACGAAAGACUUUCACCAUAAAAGAAAAAUUCACUGUGUUUAUUAAAAAAUGUGAGAAACGUGAGAAUGAACAGUUUUUAUAUGUAUGAAAUGAUCAACCAAUCUUCAGAAGAAUCGCGCUAUUAAUCACUGCAACAUUCCGAGCCAAUACCUCAUACUUCCAUAAAGACAAUAAUGUUACACACUAAGCAUGUAAUGUUCUUGACACGUUUUUCUCGUGAGUUUCAAGAUUUCUCUGUUCACUCCUGAAAUGUAUAUAUAUAUAUGUAUAUAUAGUUGAUAGAUUGUUGAAUUGAAAAAUAUAUCUAUAAUUAUAAGUUCAUAUAAUCACCAUCUUGACUUAUCCACACCGAUUUUACAUCGAAGCACUCAUCCUUCAAUAUGAGAUCCUCGAACUGCCUCAUUCCACCACCCACGCCGAAAUAAUAGGUUUUUCCAGCGACAAAUCUAACAGGAUAAUUGUCUGUUUUGAAAUUGUAUAAAAAAAAUGAUGAGAAAUCUCUUUAUAUAAUAUACUCACCCAACGCCAUUAAUUUUUAAUCUUCUCUUAAAAAUGUCAUACAACUUUUUAUGAUUAUCUGGAUUAUAAAUCGUUUCGCUUGUAAAGAUAUAAUCGUAUUUCCUACUUUCAUCACCGUCGAAUAACGUCGCGAAGGAAGCCCAAUCUCCGGCAUAAAAUUCACAUUUUGUAAAUAUAUUCGCACGAUCGUCAAAAUUCAAUAGCACGUUCGGAAUAGUUACGAACCUUAGCACUUCUGCAUUCUACAAAAAUUAUUUUGUCAAUCAUAGCUCCUUUUUUAUUCAAUGCAACGCUCAUAAAUUAUACGAACAUAAUCUUGAAAAUGAACUGUAGAAUUAUUGAAAAGAGCGAUAAGGCCGAUCAAACCAACUCCACAUCCUAAAUCCAAGAUGAGCUUAUUUUUCAGUGCGAUUUGUUGUUCCAAUAUAUACUGGCCCAAAUCAAAUGUGCAUUCCCAGAUUUUUAAUCCGCCUUAUAUUGCGUGAUUAAUUUUUAAUGUAC